AUCGUCUCGCUUAAUGGCGGCGCGAAACCCGGCUUGUGAUGUGGCGUCAUCGUGUACUCUGACCGUUGGCUGCGCUGUUCCUGACUACCAAUAGUGCGCAUUUAGUUAGCUGCGAGGUGUGUGCGAGUGCGAUCCGAUCGCGGCAGAGAUCCAGGUAGAGAGCGAGGCCAAGUUCUCCAGGUAAACCUCUCGACCUUGUGCACCAUGUCGACGAAAUCGAGCAAGAAGACGGCGGCGGCGGCGGCCGCCGCUGCCGCGGCCGCGGCGGCGUCCUCGGCGGCGACCGCCGCCUCGUCCUCGUCGAGCAGCAUCCAAUCGCCCCCGAGCACGUCGACGCCGAUCGUCAGCCGGCGACCCGGCAGCCCGCUCAGCCCUACGAGGUACUCCCGGCUCCAGGAGAAGCAGGACCUCCAGAAUCUCAACGACCGGCUGGCAUGCUACAUCGAAAAGGUGCGCCACCUCGAGACCGAGAACUCCCGGCUGACCCGGGAGGUGCAGACCACCCAGGAGACGGUCACCCGGGAGGUGACCAACAUCAAGGCCAUGUACGAGCACGAGCUCUCCGAUGCACGGAAGCUCCUCGACGACACCGCCAGGGAACGGGCCAAGCUCGAGAUCGACACCAAACGCCUCUGGGAUGACAACGAGGACUUCAAGAGCAAAUUGGAGAAGAAGACGAAAGACCUGCAGAUAGCCGAAAGAAAUGCGAUGAUCUACGAAACACGUUGCAGUGACUUGCAGUCGCAGUUCAAUCAGUUGCAGGCCGAGCGCAAGAAGCUCGCCGAAAAGGAUCGGGAUUCGGAGAAAGAAAUCGAUCGGUUGAAAGCGUUGCUCGACGAUGCUCGGAAACACCUGGAGGAGGAGACUCUGCAGCGUAUCGAUCUGGAGAACAAUAUUCAGAGUCUCAAGGAAGACAUUAGUUUCAAGGAUCAAGUUUAUCAGCAAGAACUCACGGAGACACGUUCGAGACGACAAGUUGAGAUAUCCGAAAUAGAUGGACGCCUCGCGGAGCAAUACGAGGCUAAGCUGCAACAAUCGCUACAAGAAUUACGCGAUCAAUAUGAGGGACAAAUGCGUGUUAAUCGAGAAGAAAUCGAACUUUUGUAUGAAAAUAAAAUCAAGAAUUUGGCUUCCCAUGCGCAACGUAAUAGUGGAGCUGCCACCAUGGCAGUUGAAGAGUUGAGGCAAACGCGUUCUAGAAUCGAAGGGCUUAAUUCAAGAAUCAACGAGCUCGAAGCGGCCAACAAUUCGCUUAAUGCACGAAUUAGAGAUUUAGAAAAUUUACGAGAAAACGAACGUGCUCGUCAUACGGAAAGCUUAGCCAAUUUGGAAGCAGAAUUAACACGUAUGCGGGAUGAAAUGGCUCAGCAAUUGCAGGAAUAUCAGGAUCUCAUGGAUAUUAAAGUGGCACUUGAUUUGGAAAUUGCCGCAUAUCGUAAAAUGCUCGAAUCUGAGGAGGCUAGAUUGAAUAUCACACCGGCUCAAUCGACAAACACAUCCUUAGCUGGUAGAGUUACGCCGUCCAGACAUACCCCUCUCAGAGGUGGCAAACGAAAACGGACUUUAUUGGAAGAAAGUGAAGAGCGCAGUAGCAGUGAUUACAGCGUUACAGGCACUGCUAGAGGUGACAUAGAAAUUACAGAGGCGGAUCCCCAAGGACGAUUUGUGAAACUCACCAAUAAGGGUGGUAAGGAAACAAGUUUGAGCGGCUGGCAGAUUAUUCGUAAAGCAGGUACUCUCGAAACAGCUUUCAAAUUUCAUCGUACUGCAAAACUCGAAGGAGGUGCUAACGUACUAGUAUGGUCCGCUGAUAUUGGGGCAACACACGAACCACCAUCCAACAUCGUUAUGAAGAGUCAAAAGUGGUUUGUAGCGGAUAACAUGACUACAACUCUGAUCAAUAACGAAGGAGAGGAAAUUGCAACUUCUGAGCGCAAGAGGCAACAGUUGUCCACAACUUUGUCCCGACACAGAGAAGGUAUGGGAUUUCGGCCAUCAGAAGAACUUCAUCAUCAACAGAGCGAUCCCCAAGGUGAAGAGCGUUGCCGUAUUAUGUAAACAUAUAUAAAUUUAUCUCAUAAGCUUAAAUAUAUAUUAUACUCUAAAUUAAUUUUGAUAAAUGAGUCUUGUAUCUCAAAUACUUCUGACAUUAUAUUCUAAGUUAAUUUUCUUUCUGUUAA